ACCCGCAGGCUUCCGGGCACAGGCUUCCGGGCGCACGCUGCAGGCCGCGCGGGCCGGGCUGGAGGAAGCGCCGCGGGGUCUGGGCGCCCCAGCAGAGCGCGGCCAUGGGGAUCCUGGAGAAGAUAUCGGAGAUCGAGAAGGAGAUCGCGCGGACGCAGAAGAACAAGGCCACCGAAUAUCACCUGGGCUUGCUGAAAGCAAAACUGGCCAAGUAUCGGGCCCAGCUCCUGGAACCAUCCAAAUCGGCUUCGUCCAAAGGAGAGGGCUUCGAUGUCAUGAAGUCGGGCGACGCCCGGGUGGCACUGAUCGGAUUUCCCUCUGUGGGUAAGUACAAAGGAGCCAACAUCCAGCUCUUGGACCUUCCUGGAAUCAUCGAAGGCGCAGCACAAGGGAAAGGCCGUGGCCGGCAGGUGAUUGCUGUGGCACGCACAGCUGACGUCGUCAUCAUGAUGCUGGAUGCCACCAAGGGAGAGGUGCAGAGGUCUCUGCUGGAGAAGGAACUGGAGUCGGUGGGCAUCCGCCUCAACAAGCACAAGCCUAACAUCUACUUCAAGCCCAAGAAAGGCGGUGGCAUCUCCUUUAACUCGACAGUCACGCUCACCCAGUGCUCGGAAAAGCUGGUGCAGCUGAUCCUGCACGAGUACAAGAUCUUUAAUGCCGAAGUGCUCUUCCGAGAGGACUGCUCCCCGGACGAGUUCAUCGACGUGAUCGUGGGCAACCGGGUGUACAUGCCCUGCUUGUAUGUUUAUAACAAAAUUGACCAGAUCUCGAUGGAGGAAGUGGAUCGCCUGGCCCGGAAACCCAACAGCGUGGUCAUCAGCUGUGGCAUGAAGCUGAACCUGGACUAUUUGCUGGAAAUGCUCUGGGAAUACCUGGCUCUGACCUGCAUCUACACCAAGAAGAGAGGACUGCCACCGCAUUCACCGGUCGCUCGCCAGCCAGUUCAAGUACGCGCUGGUGUGGGGCACCAGCACCAAGUACAGCCCUCAGCGGGUGGGCCUCACCCACACCAUGGAGCACGAAGACGUCAUCCAGAUUGUCAAGAAGUAGCCGGGCCGGGCCCCACCCGUCUCCCUGGGCAUUCGGACCCAGUGGGACCCACUGAAGCCCAAACAGGAAGAGUACAAAUACAUGUAUUCCAGGAAGGGGUCUCUUAAGUCUGCUUUUUCCGGAAAUAUCUUCAGUAGAUAAAGGACAAGAGUAUGUGGCACUGAGGGAGAGGGCGGGGCCUUAGGUUGGGCUGGAGGCAUUCCCAUGAGACGAGCCCCUUGGGGGGCUUCUGGGUUGGGACCCCUGCGCCCACACCCACACCCAGCCCUGGGCACAGAGCACGCCGCCCCCUACUUCCCAGCAGGGCCGCCGGCCGCUCAGUGCGGCGUGAGCCAGGCCUCCAGGGUCCGGGAGGUGGUGGUGCUGUAGGGGUACUUCGCCCGUCCGCUCCUGCAGCUUCUCGAACCUAGGAAGGGGCCUCCCAGGGCAAAAAGCUGUCCCCUGUUUUGUCCCCCGGCCGCCCAUGAUGGAAAGCAGAGGCCAGUGGUUUUAAAGACCCAGUUCAUGCCCUCCACAGCCUGACAGGUCUGGAGGGCACCCUCCCAGGGCAGCCCAGGCCCUGCCAGACCUGGGGCACGGCGGUUUGGGUUAUUUUCUCUAAGCCCUCUGAGCUCUGCUCUGAAAUAAAGGAUGAGGACAG